UUUCAAUUACUAUUCUUAUAAAAUAUUUAAUUAAUGUUAAAAAUUUAAAUAGCUUUUGUGGAGACGUAGUUGCACCUUCAUUUCAAUUAAUUAAAACAAAAAACCUUUUAAAUUUCCUAUUCCUAAAUGUUCGGUUACGAAUUUUCAUUAUUACGCAUACGCAAAUAUUUCAAUUCGACUUCCAAAUGAUUUAGUUUUCAUCACAUUUUUAAUUGAUCAAAAAAUUAAUAGUUUUCUAAUGAUUUUUCACCGACUUUGUAUCUUAUCGAUCACUGUAAUCGAUAGUACAAAGGAACACCCUGUAUAUAUACCUAAAUUCUUUCAGACAUUACAACAGCCGACAAAUUAGAACUUGUUGCUUGUGCAAAGCAGCCAUUGCACAAACAGUACUCAAGUUUAUAUUCAAUAAUGAAUUUUUGUUUGACAAAAAUCGGUGCCCGAACGUUACGCGCCUCAAUACUUCAACCCCCCUCAACAAAGAACGAAAUUGAGUCGAGACUUGAAUGCGUUUCUGAACUUAUUGAACGUUCUGGAACGGGGGCAACGUUUGUAUUAAGGAGUAUACUGACAAAAAUACAAAACGUCGACCAGUUACUGAACGUAGUAACCCUGAUAUCAAAACAACCCCAGGAAUGCUCAGAAAGACCACUGAACUAUUUACUGUUACUGAAUUCGUUUUUCGAAAUUCUCGAACCCCUACGAGAAUGUCUUCGUGAAUUCAAAAACCCAUUCUACAAAGAAGUUGCGGAUAAUUUGGCGUCACCCGAAUUUGAUUAUAUAAAAUCCCUGAUGAGAACUGUGAUAGUGGAAGACGGUAGACCGGCAAAAGGGUCUAAUGGUUCCCUACAGAGAUGCUUUGCCAUCAAACCUGGCGUUAAUUCCCUACUGGAUUUGGUGAGAAAAUCAUACAGCGAAAGAUUGGAUGAAAUGCGAAUGUAUGUGAGAAAUCUUGGCGAAAAAUACAAUUUGCCACUUACAUUGAGCAACAACAAUACUAAAGGUUACCAUAUUGUCUUACCUUUGAAAAAAGGCGAGAAGAAAUCCUUCAAACGGUCCAUGUUACCAAACGAGUUCAUACAGGUCGACAGAUUAUCGGGCAGUUUUACGAUGAAAACAACAGAUCUGAUUAAUCUUUCUAUUAGAGUAGAAGAAAUAAUGAUGAACAUAUUAAAAAUUAGCAACAUAAUAACACACAAAACAUUAGUAAACAUAAAGGAACGCGUUGCUGUUUUUUACAAACUGUGUGAAGAUAUUUCGAAAUUAGACAUGUUACAAUCACUGGCAAAACUUAGUGGGGAUACAAAUUAUGUGAGACCAAAAUUUGACGAUUAUAUGGAAAUAAAACAUGGGAGACAUCCAAUUUUGGAUUUUAUUUGCUCUGAAACACCCACCUCUAACUCUACAAUUGCUACCGACGACCAUAACGUACACAUUAUAAGCGGUCCAAACGGUUCAGGAAAGAGCAUUUUUAUUAGACAAUUGGUACUGAUCCAAGUUAUGGCCCAAGUGGGUUGCUACGUACCGGCCGAAUCUGCUACCCUCAGGAUAGCAGACAGGAUAUUAGCCCGAAUAUCUCUGGAUGAUAAUCCUGACAUUGGGGUUUCAGCAUUUGUCUUAGAGAUUCUAGAGGUCGAAUACUUUCUGGAAGUCAUGUCAAAAAACACCCUGAUCGUGAUCGACGAAUUGUGUCGAUCAACCUCUGUAGAAGAGGGCACAGCACUGGCCAUGGCCAUUUGCGAAAAGUUAGCAGAAACGCCAGCUAUUGUCUUUUUUACGACCCACUUUAAAGCUAUGGCCAUCCUAGGGGACAUUUAUAUGAACAUAAAAACUUGGCAAAUGGAAACGAUUAUGCAAGAGAAAAACGGCAGGAUUUAUUUUAAUUUCAUGUACAGACUUUUGGAGGGAAUGACCACCCUCGAAAACUAUGGAGUACAUAUAGCAAAAAGUUGUUGGCCGGAUGAACCUUUCAACUAUGCUCUCGAUGUUUUAAACAGUACAAAACCACAGCAGACAGACUUCCCACAGAGUCGUACACAAUAUUAUCUCCACUUAAAAUACGAUUUAGAAGCCGAUCUUCGUUUAUUAAAAAAGAAACGUAAAUUACUCCCCAAUAUCCUAAAUGACAAACUUAAAGAAUAUCAAAACUCAAUAAGAAUGCACAGCGAAUCAAUUCAAAUUCAGGUGGACGAUCUUAAAUCCCAAAAUCAAUCUAAUGGAACUACAAAAAUCAUUGAGAAAUCUAACUUAAAAGAAUGUGAUUCUUCAGAAAUUGGAGGGGCGAUCAAUAAUAAAAAAACAUCUUCCAGUUCUGGUUACGUUAUCCAAAAUACAGCGAAGACUUCAUUUGGCAAUUCUAGUCCACAUAAUGGGGAUGUCCCAGAACAUGAUCAAUCUUUUAAAUCGCAAAUCAUUCAAAGAUCGAUUGAUUAUGAUGAUAUCACCUUUAGUGGAGGACCAACUUCUUCAAACGGCCAAGAAGACAAUGAAGAAGAAGAAGUAGAUAUCCGAAACGUUACGUUCAAUUGGAAAUCAAGUCAAACAACUCAAAAUGCAAUCGGAAAUAAUUGUUACGAUUAUUUGGGUUUAUACCAAAACGACAAUUUUAAAACUUAUUUUAUUGGUAACGAUUUAGAACCAUCGAAAAAUGACGAAAAUUAUUCGUUGCCCCGUGAUCCAAGGGUAGUUUUAUCCAGCAGUAUUCAUAGCAGCGACGUGAUGGAUUGUGACCAAACCAUUUCGGAAUUAAACAAAAAACCUUACCUAGGAGAUCACCAGGAAUUUGAUGAAUGCAACAAUCCUAAAAGGCAGUUUAAAAUUCCCUUCCCUACAAAAACGUCCAAACGCUCAGACGUCCAGUCGAAAAACGAUACCAGCUUUUCAUCAGUUAACGAAGCACAAUUUUCAUUACAAUUGUCACAAAAUAGAAAUAAAACAUCAACUCCUUUACAGAAGAACAAGACUAUGAAUAAUGAUACAACUUAUCAAUGUCCAGAAAAGGAUUUCAUUGAAAGUGAAUCGGAAUAUUUUUCCGACUUUAAUUGGGAAGAAAGCGAUAAAAAAAACAAGGAUUUAACGAAUAAUUCGAACAAAAAAGAGACACUAAAUAGGUCCUCAAUAACAAUAAAUCCAAACGACUCCCAAAAACUAAAUCCCCAAGAAAUGGAGAGUAUUAUAUCAGAGUUAGAAAGCGUAAGUGAAUAUUUUUCUGACGACGAAUGGAACAAGGAAACAGAAAAUAUAAACGAAACGAACUGCGUUGGCAAAGGUAUUCAUCAAACAUACUGCGAAGAAUACCAGGUCUCGUCAAUAAGUUACUCGCCAGAUGGGUCUAUCUUACAAGAUAUUAUAAAAAACAAACCAUUUCCUACGAUAUGCAGUGAUGGCGACAACAACAGUGGUGAAAGUCUUUUCAGAAUAGAAGCUAAACGUAAAAAAAUCAAAGUACCAUUUCAAACACCCAAACCCUUCGUCAAAAAAGUUAAAAGAAAACCUGCAAAGAGAAGGAAUAACAGAGAUAACAAAAGUCUCAAUGAGGACAAAAAUUUAACUGAUAAGAAGUCCUCAGGAACUAAUCAAGACACGGAAAAAAACAGUAUCAAAGCAUUACCAGAAGCGCAGACAUUGGAGAAAUCACCCUCACCAAAGGACCGAAAAGAAAACGAUAACAAUAAAAAGAUAAUUGUGCUCCAAAAUAUAGUUAUCAAACCUAGCACAAAUUUCGAAAUUCAACAACAAAUACCGACUGGUAUGGAAUCAAAAGACGAGAUUAAUUUUGAUAAUAAAGAACUUAAUCAACACAGAUCGUCACAGCAAAUUAAGGACCAAACAAACACUACAGAUGAACCAAUCACUACAGAACAGGAAACUGCUUCAUUCAAAAUUAAUUAUAUUCAAAGCCCUAAAGUUUAUAUCGCAGAAAAUGAAGAAGUUCAAGAAAAAGAGCUGCUAAUAAAAAAAAGUAACUCGUUAUCAUCUGAAUACUUUUUCAAAAUAGAAACGAACACAACCAAAAGACGUAAACUAGGAAUUAGGGAAAAGAGAUCAGAAAAAUUGAUUACAGAAUUAAAUACAGACCAAAAAAGUACUCUGGACACUAAAAAGAAUAGAACUCCUGAUGAUAAUAAAAAUACCAAAGAUUCUAUAGAUGAUACUAAAAAUUAUAAUUCCUCAUCCCACGAAAUUUACUAUUCAGCAAACGAAAGUUUCCAUGAAGUUCAAAAAAGUCUCGGUUCCUUGAAUUCUAGUUCAUUAAUCGAAAAAGAUCAAAAUUUAUCUUCUGUCACCGUUCGAACCGAAAAUGUGAAAAAACCACCCUCUUCCAGAAUAUUAAAAAGGAGAAAGUUCAUAUCACCCCUAAAACUGACAAGAAAGGAGAUCAAAGAAGAGUUUGAAAAGCAAGACAGGCUAAUGUUUGAGAAUAACUGUCCAGAAACAUACUUACAGAGCAUAUUAAACAGGCCUAGUAUUCAAUCUAUACAAAAGUCCGAAUGUGUUGCAAUGAUAUACAGAACCCCUGAAGGUACCAAAGUGGUAACACCGCCACCUAAUAAAAAAUCAAAGAAAUCACAAUUAAGAAGAUUUUUACCACCUAUAAUAGAUAAACCAAUUCAAACAAAAAUUUGA